CUCUCUGUCUCUCUCUCUCUCUGUGCUUCUCUCAUUUUCAGAGCUCUACACGGGUCACUGCACUCUCUCUCUCUAACGCUUACGGGCAGAGGCGACACCAUAGAGAGAGAGAGAGAGGGAGGGAGGGAGGGACGCCAUAUAUGGAGGUGGCCGAGCUCUAAUUUUCUACAUCAAUAUCGACCAUCGAUUGCUCUGCUCCUUCUCCGCCUCUCCUAGCCGCCGAGCUCUCGCGGGCUAAUGGUGGAAGCUGAAUGUUUCAUUGUCGGUGAGUAGAUUCCAUCGGAGACAGACGCAGAUCGGUCGCCUGCCCAUCCGCCGCCGAUUAUCACAUUCCGCGAUGCGAGUCAAGGAAAUGCACCCGCUCUGCUGCAUCUCCCUGGAGAGCCCCGGCGUUGGGGACGCCUAUACGGAGGCAUCCCUCUCGCGCGCCCGGAGCACGCCAGCGGGAUCGCUGGCCUUCUCUGGAGGAUCGUCCGACGGCAAUGCCGGCCGUCCCCUGCCGGGAUCUGAGUCCACCGUCGCUGGCGUCCUCUACAAGUGGACGAAUUACAGCAAGGGGUGGAGAUCGAGGUGGUUCCUUCUCCGGAACGGCGUGCUGACGUACUCCAAAAUCCGGCGCUCGGAUCGCCUGAACCUGCUCCCGCCGAACGACGACGUCAGGCUGAUCGGAGACAUCUCCAGCAGCAAGCUGUCGAGGAUGGACAGCGGGAGCUGCUCCGGGAAGCACCGCAAGACAGUUGGCAUCGUGCAGCUUAAGAUCUCAUCAUUUCGAGAAAGUAAGUCCGAUGACAGGCGGUUUUACAUAUUCACUGCAACAAAAACCCUUCAUUUAAGAACUGAUUCGAAGAGAGACCGGGUGGCUUGGAUACAAGCACUAGUCUUGACCAGAAGCCUAUGUCCAUCGAGGUCGCUAAACGAUACUUUCUCUCGUAUACCACCCAAGGUAUCAGUAUCAACUGAGAGACUUAAAAAGCGGUUGAUUCAAGAAGGAGUUGGCGAGAAUGUCGUGAAGGAUUGUGAACAUAUCAUGCUCUCUGAGUUUUCUGAAAUUCAAGGACAACUAAAUGCGCUUUGUGAAGAACGGUCGAAUUUGCUUGAUACAUUGAGGCAGUUUGAGGCAGCUAACCUUGAAGCUGAAGCCUCAGGGGUUCAUGAUGGUGAUCAAUACUUGUUGACGAAACAUGGAUUUCCUGGUAUUGGGCAUGGAAAAUAUAGUGAAUGCAGCACCACUGCAUCAUCAGAUGAUAUAGAGAAGCAAGAACCUGAAGUUUCAGAUGAAGAGGAAACAUACUUCUUUGACACAAAGGAGCAUUUUACUGAACCUGCUGGAAAUUGUGGGGAUGUAACAAGAAAUGAAAAUGAUGCGAACGGGAAUAAGGCCAUUCAGAUUCAGCGCAAUAAUGCGGAGAAGAUGAAGAAUGUGAAAGGAAUUUGUGAUACAGGAAUUCUGGCAUUUGAGAGGCGGAAAAAGCUUCCUGACCCACUCGAGAAAGAGAAAGGGGUCAGUCUAUGGUCAAUGAUCAAAGACAACGUAGGGAAAGACCUCACACGAGUUUGUCUCCCCGUUUACUUCAAUGAGCCUAUUUCAUCCCUUCAGAAAUGUUUCGAGGAUCUCGAGUAUUCCGAUCUAUUAGAUCAAGCAUAUGAGGAUGGGAAAGCGGGCGACAGUCUCCUCAGGGCUCUGAAAGUUGCUGCCUUUGCUGUUUCUGGUUAUGCAUCUUCGAAAGGUCGACAUUGCAAACCCUUCAAUCCUUUACUUGGGGAAACUUAUGAGGCUGACUUUCCUGAGAAAGGGGUGCGAUUCUUUUCUGAAAAGGUUAGCCACCAUCCUACAGUCAUUGCCUGUCACUGUGAAGGCAGAGGAUGGAAAUUCUGGGCGGACAGCAACUUGCGGACAAAAUUUUGGGGCCAAUCUAUCCAACUUGACCCUGUGGGAGACUUGACCCUUGAGUUUGAUGAUGGUGAGAUCUUCCAAUGGAGUAAGGUUACAACUACUAUUUACAAUCUCAUUCUUGGAAAAUUAUAUUGCGAUCAUCAUGGAACAAUGCAUAUACGUGGUAACCGCCAAUAUUCAUGCAAGAUCAAGUUCAAGGAGCCAUCUAUUCUUGAUCGAAAUCCUCACCAGGUUCAUGGAUUUGUUGAAGAUGCUACAGGCAGGAAAUUUGCAACCUUGUUUGGGAAAUGGGAUGAGUCUGUAUAUUAUAUGAAUGGAGAAGUAAAUAGCAGGCCCAAGGAUUUAAGUGCCUCAUCUAACGCAUCCUUACUAUGGAAAAGCAACAGACCGCCUCCUAAUCUCACUCGGUACAACUUGACUUCAUUUGCCAUUACAUUAAACGAGUUGACACCGGGACUGCAGGAGAAACUUCCACCCACGGAUUCCCGACUCAGACCGGACCAACGGCACCUGGAGAAUGGGGAAUAUGAAAAGGCGAAUGUUGAGAAACAACGAUUGGAGAAGAGGCAGAGAAUGUCAAGGAAAUUACAAGAGAGCGGGUGGAAGCCCAGAUGGUUCCAAAGAGAUGGCGAAAAUGGACCUUACCAGUUCAUUGGUGGUUAUUGGGAAGCACGUGCACAAAGAAACUGGGAUGGAUGCCUCGACAUAUUUGGGGAAUUUACUGUAGAUAUAUCUGAUACAACUGAAGGGUCUUGAUAUUGAUUCCAGCCUUCAGGUCAAUUCCGAGGAAGUUUACAAGCAAAGUACCAUGCCGGUGAGGAAGGGAAGUUGCUUGCAUGUAUUCAUCGGAAGGAUACUCCUGGGUCGAUCAAGUCGAAUUGAUGGGAGAUGGAAUUCAAUUAUUAAAUGAACUAAUUUUCUUUUUAGGUAUAGGCUGGUGGGUAGAUUCAGAGUUCGAUAUUAAAUUUUUGUUCUUGUUUUUUUCGACCGGGGAGCGGGUGGUUGUGUAAUUUAGUCUCCCCUGCUCUCCAUGUUUCAUAAUUUUUCCCCAGCAGAAGAACACUGGUCCAGCGGCUUAUUGUUUCACCGUUUUAUUGCUGUAAUCUUCUCCUCUUGAAUUCAUAAAUGAAAGGAUAAAGUGAUCGAGAAAGGGGAAAAGGAACAGUGAAUAAACAAGAUGAAGUUAAAUGUUGAUAUGUGCAGCA